CUCUCUACCAAUCAUUUUUCUCUCUUCGUUUUUACACAAUUCUCAGUAGCUGCCAUACUCCACUAUCCACUCUUUAAUUUUUUUCUUAGCUCAUCUUUUAACUAAUAAAAGUAUAGGACACAUUUCUCACCCCUCACCGUGCACUAAAAACGCAAAGGAAAAUUACAAAUAAAAGCAUUAGCCGAAAAUUCGUCAGUGCCGUUUUGAUGCCUUUUGCUUGUCUGCCACGAUACGCGUCAUCUCUCUUCUCUAUAACUAAAACGCUAAAAAUUCCAUUUAUUUCCCUUCCCAAUAUAGCCGUUACCACCCUCUCUAUCUCUCACUCAAAGCCCCUCCCCUUUGCCUUCCCUGGCUAGGAAACUCAACACUUCCCCCCACAAAACCAGCUGACUAUUAUGCGCCAUGGCGCGCACUAUACCCCUCCUCCUCUCCUCUCUCCUUCUCCACCACCCGCCAUAAACUCCACGGCCACCGGCGGCAACCAGCACCCAAUGCUGGUUUCUGUUUUAUUAGCCCUAUUUCUCCCAUGCGCUGGCAUGAGUGCUGUUUUCAUUGUUUAUAUCUGUCUUUUAUGGUACGCCACGAAUCACCGGUCGGAUAAUUCAGGGUCGUCAUCGGUUAAGCAGGCUGGUGAGAAAGGGUUGUCCGUUUCGGAGCUUGAGAAGCUGCCCAAAGUUACCGGGAAGGAUCUUGUGUUGGGGACUGAGUGUGCGGUUUGUCUCGAUGAGAUAGAGGCAGAGCAAUCGGCUAGAAUGGUUCCCGGUUGUAAUCACGGCUUUCAUUUACAAUGUGCUGAUACUUGGCUUUCAAAGAACUCGAUCUGUCCUGUUUGUAGGGCCAAGCUUGAGCCUAAGUUGUUCGAUCCACCUGGUGAUGAUAACCCUUGCUAAAGCUUUGAACUUUCCUUUAAAAAAUUAGAAAAAAGGGUCUAGUUUUUAGGAGUAAAAAAUUCAGUGUUGUUGGUGUUUGUAUGAAAUGAAGUUUUCCUAGGAAGAGUUGAAGAAAAAUGUUGAUCAAGUUAAAUUUCAGUUUCAUGUAUGUAUGGAUUUUCUUUUCUCUCUUUAUUCAUAUUUUGUUAGUUAAAUUAAUUCAGAUUGAUAUUAAUGUAGACAGAAUCGUCCGUACUUGAUGAAGAA